AUGUCAGAAAAGGAGUCUCAGAUCUUGCGACAAUACAUUGAGGAACAACUUGUAAAAGGCUACAUCAGACUAUCGACAUCACCUGCAGGACACGGAGUCCUGUUCGCACCAAAAAAGGAUGGAAACUUACGAUUGUGCGUUAAUUACCGACCAUUGAACGAACAAACCAUUAAGGACAGACAUCCAUUACCGCUCAUUGCAGAGAUACAAGACAAAAUCAGAGGAACAAAAUGGUUUACAAAGUUCGACAUUACCGACGCAUACAACAGAUUGAGAAUCGCCAAAGGAGAAAAAUGGAAAACGGCUUUCAGAACGAAAUACGGACAUUUCGAAUACUUGAUCAUGCCAUUCGGGCUAACUAACGCGCCAGCAUCAUUCCAGCGAUUUAUUAACGAAGUUUUGGGAGAAUUGCUCGACACCUUUGUUAUCGCGUACCUAGACGAUAUUCUGGUAUUUUCGAAUAACGAAGAAGAGUACAUUCGACACGUAAAACAAGUGCUACGGAAGCUACGCAUUACUAAGUUACGAUUGAAACUCAAGAAGUGUGAGUUCUAUGUCCAAGAGACAGAGUUCUUAGGACACUGGAUCACCACCGAAGGAGUACACAUGGAAAGAAGCAAAGUCCAGGCAAUCAGGGAUUGGCCUGUACCUAAAAGCCUGAAAGAAGUCCAACAGUUUACCGGAUUGAUCAACUAUUAUCGGAGGUUUAUCGAUGGAUACGCCAAAUCUAUAAUACCGAUAUUCAACUUGUUGAAACAGAAUCAGAAGUUUGAAUGGACAACACAGGCACAGCAAGCUUUCGACGACGUGAAACGGAGAAUCACGACCGCACCAAUCCUAGUACAGCACGAUCCAGAGAAGCUGACUACGAUCGAAACCGACGCAUCCGACUAUGCUAUCGGUAUGAGAAUGACACAACCAGAUGAGAACGGCAGAGCCAAACCAAUUGCGUUCCAUUCACGAAAGCUUAUUCAGGCAAAAAUGAAUUACGACAUUCACGACAAAGAAUUGCUAGCCAUAGUGACAGCAUUCAAAGUAUGGAGAGUGUACCUGGAAGGAGCUCAGCACCAGAUUCUAGUAAAAACGGAUUACAAGAACCUUACGUUCUUUACCACGACCAAAGAAUUGACCAGAAGACAAGCGAGAUGGUCAGAAAAGUUAUCACAGUUUGAUUUUAGAAUCGAACAUUGCAAAGGAACAGAAAACGGACAAGCAGACGCGCUUAAUUGA